AUGGAAGCUAUAUCAGGAUUUGUGCAUAUGAUUUAUGAAGAUAUAAAGGAUAACAUUACUAUUCCUCCCUUAAGAAUGAAUGAAACUUUGUUUUGGUCCGAUGUUUUAUACAGCAAAUACAGAAAAACUCUAAAAUUUGAGUACAUGGGCUCUGACAUUCAGAUUGUAACACAGAAGGUGAUUCUGAUUAUUGGCCUUGUUAACGCUUAUCCAGAUGGUUUAUCCUUGGAGUCAUUUGCUGUAGUUAUUGUGCAGCUAAUUGGCCUUAAUCUGGGAUUGAGUUAUAAUAAUUAUAAUGACAACUGCCGUUGUUCAACUGGUGCCUGCACAAUGACAUCAAAAGCCAUGCAUAUUGAAGGUAUAAAAGAUUUUAGCACCUGUAAUGUGGAUGAAUUUAAGGUUUUGACUUCACAAUCUGAACUUGAAUGUCUUCUGAACCAACCUUUUGAUAAGCCAGAUGCCAGAUCAACUACUCAGAUCGGUAUAUGUGGCAAUGGGAUAUUAGAACAUCGUGAACAAUGUGAUUGUGGCACCACACAGAUAAUGCCAGCUGGUGAACUUUGUAGGAAGUCAUAUGACGAUUGUGAUUUUCCUGAAUUCUGUCCUGGGACAAGUGGUGAAUGUAUGCCUGACACCUAUGCACGGGAUGGAUCUCCUUGUGCAUCAAAUGAAGGUUACUGUUUUAAGGGAAAAUGCCAUUCAGUUGACAGACAAUGUAAAAAUUUAUUUGGAGGAGCUUCUUUAGGUGCUCCUUUUUAUUGUUUCGCAGAAAUUAAUACCAGAUUGGAUAGAUACGGAAACUGUGGUUAUUCCAUGUGUGACAUUCCUAAUGUUUUAUGUGGAAAAUUAGUUUGUUCAUGGCCACACAGACGAUUAAUAAACAUUGCAAAUUUAUCUGUGACUUAUACACAUUUUCGAGAUGCAGUUUGUGUAUCUGCACAUAAUAUCCAUGAAAGACCUCCUGAUGUAAAGAACACUUCGGAAACAACAUUCUAUACAGCAGAAGACAGAGAUGAGACGUUUGUAGAAGAUGGCACACCGUGUGGUCCUGACAUGUUUUGUAACAGAUUUAAUUGUAAAGAAAUUCGUUUCUUUCUUAAUUAUGAUCAAUGCAGAUCCAGUGUACAUUGCCACAAGAGAGGAAUUUGCAACAAUUUUAACAACUGCCACUGUGAGAAAAACUUUGCUCCUCCAAACUGCACACCAAUGCCAGGGGAGUUUGGUAGUAUCAAUGAUGGACAUCCAACUAAAAAACGAAAACUCCAUGUAGGGAUCAAUGUGUGGAAAACGAAGAGUGUGGAGGCACUGAAGCUGCAGUCGUAUUUGGCUCAACCAUCAGCUUUAUUCUUAGGAGCUUCUAUUACAUGA